AUGAUCAGCCUCAUCUUCGUCGGCGUCCGCCUGGAGCAGCAGUUCGGAUUCUGGAAGGUCGGCCUGGUCUACCUCUUCUCGGGGCUGGGCGGGAGCGUGCUCUCGGUGCUCUUCAUCAGGAAUGGCGUCUCCGUCGGCGCCUCCUGCGCGCUCUUCGGCCUCCUCGGGGCCAUGCUGUCGGAGCUCAUCACCAACUGGACCAUCUACACCAACAGGCUGGCGGCCAUGGCGAACCUGAUAAUCAUCGCCGCCAUCAACCUGGCGCUGGGGAUACUGCCCCACGUCGACAACUUCGCGCACAUCGGCGGGUUCCUCACCGGCUUCCUCCUCGGCUUCGUGCUGCUGAUCCAGCCCCGGUUCGGAUGGCUGGAGCAGCCCUUCGGCGGCAAGACCAAGUCCAAGUACACGGCUUGCCAGAUCGUCCUCCUGGUCGUCGCCCUCCUCCUAGCCAUUGCAGGGCUUGCCGUAGGGUUGCUGAUGGUGUUCCGCGGGGUGAACGGCAACGACCAUUGCAGCUGGUGCCACUACUUACCUGCGUCCCGACAUCGCACUGGAAGUGUGACAACUAAUAAAAAAAUAAGAGGAGCCUAG